UGUGUAAUAUUCUGUGUAUUCCUGUGUUGUGUAUUUGCACAGAAUGGAGUUGUCCUUUUAAAACAGACGUGAGCAGCAGCGCAGGAAGCCUCAAGCUUGCGAACUACGACUCCCAUAAUUCCUUGCUGCCUUGCUCUCAGUUCGGUACCAGCAACGUCAGCUGAGAGUGCCUCAGCUACAGCCCUGCGCGAAGUGUUUACCGGGGAAACAUGGAGGUGACAGCCGCGCGCCGUUCGUUUCUUUGCGACAUCGGUUUCUGGGCAGACCGGACUGCCCUGCAUGAAGCAGCGUCCCAUGGCAGGGCUCUACAACUAAAACAGCUGAUAGAAAGUGGAGCAUCAGUCAACAUGGUGACAGUGGACAACAUCACUCCCCUACAUGAAGCCUGCAUAAAGGCGCAUCCUGUCUGUGCCCGGCUGCUGCUGGAGGCUGGAGCCCAGGUGGAUGUGCGGACCAUUCACGGCAGCACUCCUCUGUGUCACGCCUGUGCUUCUGGCAGCCUGGAGUGUGCCAAGCUGCUUUUGGAGUACGGGGCCAAAGUUAAUCCAUCGCUCACAGCUCUCACCGCCUCGCCGCUCCACGAGGCCUGCAUACAAGGUAAUGUUGAAGUAGUGAAGUUGAUGAUAGCCAGCGGCGCCCAGCUGGAGGCGUAUGACGUCCACUUUGGUCCACCCCUCCACAUCGCAUGUGCUAAAGGACACGUGGACUGUGUCAAGGAGGUGCUUAGUGCAGGUGCCAAUGUGAAUUCAGUUAAGUUCCACGAGACAGCUUUACACCACGCAGCACGAGUCAACAUGGUGGACAUGAUCGAGCUGUUGGUGGAGUUUGGAGCCAACGUGUAUGCCAGUGAUAACCUGGGAAGAAAGGCCGUAGACUACACAACACCUGUGUCUCCUGCUUACACCUGUCUCACGUUUUAUGAAAGUAAUCCUCUGAGCCUGCAGCAGCUUUGCAGGAUUGCAGUGAGGAUGAUGCUUGGUACCAGAGCCUCACAGGUCAUAGAUCAGCUGGACAUAUCCCGCCGCAUCCACAGCUACCUCCAGUACUGUGAUCAUCCCACAUCACUAGAGUGAUACAUGAAUGGAUCUAUAACAUAUCUUAAAAAGAACCAUUAUGGACAACAUAUGUGCUUGUAAUUUAAAAAAUAUGAUUUGAUUAUCCACCAUAUUUCUUGAAUCAGGAGACUCAUUGUGAUUCCAAGUUGAUGUCAACAUUCAUGUAUGUAUUAUCAUGUAAUGCUGUGAAUCAUCUAGCGCAUGUAUCCUGACGUAGAAUAAAUAUUUAUUGCGUU